CAACAACAGCUUAUUCAUAAAUCGUGAUGCACGUACGUCAGAUGCCAUCUCCUACAUGGAAGACUACAUCAAUGAAGAGGAGAGGAGCAACCCUUCGGGCCCUGCUGAUAUGAUCCUUAGGAAAAUGUUCAGAGACAAACUUCAGACUUUGAACCGAAUCGCAAAUCUGCAUGUCAGUGUCAACCCCCUCUUGAAUGAGCUUGGCAGACAACUGAAGAAGGCGUAUGCAGAGAACAAGGAAUCCCUUAGCAUCAUCCUUACAAAGACAAAAGAGUCUGCCAAGGCUCUGGUGAAGUGGCUCAAUGAAGACCCUGAUCUGAAUCACAUCAACGCUGGCAUAUUGAUAGGAAGUGGUAUUCAAGGUAUGACGUCAACACAACAGAAUAGGAAUCUGCAGUCGUUCAAUGAUAAGAAGUGCAGGAUCUUAGUUGCCACAUCGAUCGCAGAAGAAGGUCUGGACAUUACGAACUGCAACAUGGUCUUCAGAUACAACUACGUGACCAGCGAUAUUGGUCAUCUCCAAACUAAAGGUCGAAGCCGGGCCUUUUACGGGAAAAUCCUCGUCAUUGUGAAUUCCGACCUCCAGCUUCAAGAACAUGAGCUCAAGAACAUCAUACGGGUGAAGAUGAUGAACGAGGUGGUUAAAAGCAUGGCUGAUUCCACUCUAGACAAUCCGAAAGCCUUUGAUGAUCGGAUUCUGAGGGAACAGAAGAAUGAUCAGAAAGAGCGACAGCGGGAAAAAGAUCAUGCGCGAAUCACCAAGGCAAACAAAAUAGAGAAAUCUGGCAUAGUCUUCUAUUGCAUCAAGUGCUUUAAAGAGGCCUGCAGUCUAGAUGAUAUCAGGUGCAUCAAAAACAUGCACCACGUCGUCAUCAGUGACCUCUUCCUGGACAAGACGAGGCUCGUUGACGAAUUCAAGCACCGGCAGAAGAUCCACUGUGGCAAUUGCCAGUAUAAAUGGGGCAAAAUGAUGGUUUACCGUAGGCGAGAUCUUCCGUUGAUUGACGUCAAGAACUUUGAGCUCAUGGAUGACCAGGGUAAAAAGUGGUUUCCCAAAGCCUGGAAGGACGUCCCUUUCGUGAUACGUUCGAUUGAUACAGAUGAUCUGGCAAAGCAAAACAACUUGUCUACAGCUGAGGAUCCAGAAGGGAGUCAGGAGAAGGGAGAAAUCGAGGAAGACGAAGCCCUCAUCGAAUAUUCAAACAUCAUGCAGAUUGACAAAUAGAUGCCGUGAAGUGUGACUCAAAGAGAGGCCACACUAUGCAGUUCGCAUAAUAGACAAUCAUAUAUGUUUUGUUAAUGUCAUUGAAAAUCAAGAACUAUUUUACCUAGGGGCUGCACAUGCAGGUGUCCAAAAUCUCUUAGCCUCUCCAGAGGACAAAGGAUAUUAUAGUAUUAAUGACUGCUUUGAGAGAAAUAGUUGUUUUUAUACG